AUGUCACCGCCGUCCCAGGUGUGCCAUUCUGCUGCCAUUAGCAAAGUCCGUCGCUUCAAUCUCACCAUCUCUCUCAUCCUCAAACGACUCAAUAGAUCACCCAAGUACAUUCGACUUGUCGGGACCCUGAUUUUCCUUACAUCUCUCACUUUUGGUCUUCUAGGCAGUCGAAAUUGGUGGCUAAAGAGACAGGCUGAGAAAGAACAAGGCCAAAGAUUAUUCCGGAAAAACUCAGGUCUUCGAAAUAAAGAUGGCUCCCGUGUCAUAUUUGUUCCUUACAAAGACACCACGUCAAAGGUGACUAUCCAUCCCACCAAGGCGACGACAUUCGAUGCGCAUCGUAGAUUGUUUCUCAACCCCCCUAGGGCAUCAGGGUUGGCGGAUAGCAACUCACCUCGUGUUCCCCCGACUCAAAUAAAAGCCGGCUUAAAUCUUGCAUUUCUUCAUCAAUUUCUCAGUCUCUUAAGUAUUAUGGUACCCAGGUCAAACAGUAAAGAAACUGGUCUACUCCUGAGUCAUGGCAUGUUUUUAAUACUGCGGACUUACCUUUCUCUUGUUGUGGCGCGUUUAGACGGAGAGAUUGUGCGAGAUCUCGUCGCCGGACAUGGAAGAUCAUUCCUCUGGGGUAUCGUAAAGUGGUGCGGAAUAGGUAGUCUGGCGUCGUAUACCAAUUCUAUGAUCAAAUUUCUCCAGUCCAAGGUUUCCAUAGCCUUUCGAACCCGCCUUAUCAGAUACAUACACGAUCUGUAUCUUAAUGAUAAUCUCAAUUAUUAUAAGCUGUCAAAUAUUGACGGUGGUAUCGGACCCGGAGUCGACCAAUUUAUGACCCAAGAUCUCACCCAUUUUUGUACCUCUGCCGCCACUCUCUACUCGUCACUAGGUAAACCGUUUGUAGAUCUAAUAGUUUUUAACUAUCAGCUUUACCGAUCCCUCGGUGCUCUAGGGCUCACAGGUCUUAUGAGCAACUACUUCUUGACUGCGACGGUAUUGCGCAGGCUCUCCCCGCCCUUCGGAAGGUUAAAAGCCGUGGAAGGCCGUAAAGAAGGAGAUUUUCGAGGACUUCAUGCGCGCUUAAUUGCUAAUGCCGAAGAGGUGGCAUUUUAUGGGGGGGCUGCAAUGGAAAAGAUCUUACUCGAUAAGGAAUUUAAGAGCUUGAAGAACUGGAUGGAAGGGAUUUAUACGUUGAAGAUUCACUACAAUAUUCUGGAAGAUUUUGUCCUGAAAUAUAGCUGGAGCGCGUAUGGCUAUCUCUUAUCAGCACUUCCAGUCUUCUUUCCCAUAUUAGGGAGCGGUAGUCGCGAAAAAGGACGAAUGAAGGAUUUUAUUACUAAUAAAAGACUAAUGCUUUCUCUCGCUGAUGCAGGCGGAAGAAUGAUGUAUUCCUUAAAGGACCUAUCGGAGCUGGCUGGCUAUACGAGCCGCGUAUAUACCCUCAUCUCAACGCUGCACCGCGUCCAUGGAGAUGCUUAUUUUCCUCCACGUGGAACACAACCAGAGCUCUUCUCUUUAUGUGACGUCCAGGGUACUAUGCAAAAGAGUUUUGAUGGCGUGCGAUUAGAGAGUGUCCCUAUUGUUGCGCCAUCAAUCUUCCCACAUGGCGGCGAACAAUUGCUCGGUUCAAUGUCUUUAAUAGUACACUCAGGAGAACAUCUUUUGAUUUCGGGUCCGAACGGGGUUGGUAAGAGUGCGGUUGCUCGAAUUGUCGCCGGACUCUGGCCAGUUUAUCGUGGGUUAGUCUCCCGAGCAAGAAGGAUUGGAAAGGAUGGCAUUAUGUUUCUUCCUCAACGCCCUUAUCUUAGCGUCGGAACCCUUCGAGACCAAGUUAUCUAUCCUGACGGUGCCGUUGAUAUGCGUGAGCAAGGCCGGCGGGAUACUGAACUUCAAAAAAUACUAGAGGAAGUCCACCUAGGCUAUCUCCCUGAGCGUGAAGGUGGCUGGGACACACGCAAAGAGUGGAAGGAUGUUUUGAGCGGGGGAGAAAAACAACGAAUGGCAUUCGCGCGACUACUUUACCAUGAGCCUCGAUAUGCCUUUAUUGACGAAGGAACGUCGGCUGUGUCAUCAGAUGUCGAAGGAUUAUUAUAUGGGAAUUGUAAAGAGAAGGGUAUUACUUUGAUCACCAUCAGCACGCGUGCUAGUCUAAAGAAGUAUCAUACGUAUAAUCUUAUGCUAGGCUUGGGAAAUGAUGGUAGUGGAUGGGAAUUGGAACGAAUCGGAACGGCAAGGGAAAAAAUGGAAGUGGAACGAGAACUUCAUGAACUUCGCGAGCGACUCAAGUGUGUACCAGAAUGGGAAGGACGCAAACGGGAGAUUGAUGCCGAGUUGGCGCAGGUCUGGGUUGAUGGCGGAAUGAAUGUAGCGGAGCUAACCGACCCAGAGGGUAUAGUGUCUUGA